AUGUCGAAGAUGAUCAAGGAGGCGAUGGACAAGAAGUACGGCCCCCAGUGGCACUGCGCCAUCGGCGAGGGCUUCGGCUUCGACAUCACCUACCAGCAGCCAAACAUGAUCUACGUCUACUACGGCAAGAUCGGCAUCCUCCUGUACAAGUGCUAG